AUGAAGAAAUUAUUUAGCGGAGGAGGUAAAAAGACAACAACUUCUGGUAACACACCUUCGAAUACAUCGAUAUCCUCUUCGACCUCUGAUCUUUCUUCGAGUGGUAAUAACAUUGUUCAGGGAGGAGGAACAAAUUCACCUCCAGGUCAAACUCCAACCAUUUCAGAGCCUAGGGAUACUAUCGUGACAGGAACUUCGGGUACUAUUAAAGACGUCGUAGCUCUCAUGUCUUCUUCAACACCAUCAGUCAUUCAAACCAAUAAUGUAAAUGCAAGUAGUAGCAGCAAUUCGAAUGGAAGUAGUACUACAGUUGGAGGAACAGCUCCUUCUGCCAAUCUGUAUCACAAUAUUUCCAAUGUUGUUAAUAGUCCUUUAAAAUUUGAACAACGAGUGGAAGCCAAAGUUCAAGAAGUUGAAGCAACUCAUAUCCACUACAAAGCUUGUCAAAAUGGUUUCAAAGGUCUCUUGAACGAGUCAACUGAAUUAGGACGAACUGAGGAGUUGAUGGGUCAACAAUUGGUAAAUUUUUCACACAAACUGCAACAGGGAGAUAUUCAUGCAAGACAUUUGAAGGUGUUGGCAGAACAAUUCGGAGAAAGCUUUAAAAUCUUUUCAAGUGCUAGAAAUAUUUUGAAUCGAGUGGUUGAGGAAAAAUAUCUUAAAGAGCUCUCAGAAGUUCAAAGUGACAACAAAUUGCAAGAAGCAAAAGAAAAUAACUUUUUAGAAGCAGAAACUGACUAUCAGAAACAAUUACGAAAUAUCAAAUAUUUCUUGUCAUUAUUAGAAAUGAAAGAUGCAUUUGUGGAAUACUAUGAAAAUUGUAAUAAGGCCUUGAAAGCAAUGGAAAAACAUAUUGACACGGCAAUUAAGCAACAAUUUGAGAAUGGAGUAUUUAGUUUUUCAGCUCCUACGUCCCACGUCAAUAACUCUAAUAAUGCUCUCACACCCAAGUCGAAUCAAAUAUUUACUCAAUUCACUCUGGAACAUAUUAUUUCACAAAACAUGCCAAGCCGAUCUGAUGAAACAACUCUCUUUGGUGUUGAAUUGAAGGAAGUUUUGAGGAGAUUUGGUGAACCAUUUGGAGUUCCAAAGAAAAUCAAACAACUCAUUGACUAUAUUGAGAACAAUUAUUUAGAAAGUGAAGGUCUGUUCCGUGUUCCAGGUCACACCAAGGGCAUGGAAGACAUGGCAGAAAAACUCAACACAAGUGAAACUGUGGAUCUUGAUCAUGUUGAGCUUGUGAACAAACCACAUACACUUUGUGGUGUUUUGAAAAAGUAUGCAAGAGAAUUGCCACAACCCUUAUUGACCUUUGAAUUGUAUGACGACUUUAUUGCAAUUGCCAAAAGUGUAGCAACGAACAAUGAGCAAAAACAAAAGCAAAAGCAAGAGCUCAAAGCACUCGUUAACAAACUCCCAGUUGAAAAUUACAAUCUUCUUGGACGACUAUGUCAAUUAUUCCGCAAAAUUGCUCUCAAUGAAGAAAAGACUAAAAUGAAUGCUAGCAACAUUAGUAGAAGUUUUGGAACCAAUUUGAUGAGAACAAAAGUUCAAGACGAUCAAAGAAUGCUCGUCGAUUUGGAAAAGAUCAAUCUUGUUUGUGAACUCCUUGUUCAACAUGCAGAUGACUUGUUUCCAGGAGAUUUAGAUAGUAGACAAGCACAAGGCAAACGACUCACCGAAGAUGAAAUUGAAGAAUGGAGAAGAGUAAAAUCUGGUGUCGCAAAGAAUGGAACCAUUCCAUCCGUGUCCUCCAUUGACACUCACAACAAUCAUUUGGGUGAGACCGAUGUUGACACGGAUGAAUCAUCGGUUCCUUCUCCAAGAUUACCACUCAAGAGAACACAAUCUCAAACUGCAGCGAGCAAGUUUUCCUCAGGAAAUGACACACCAGGUGAUCAUUCUGGUGGAGGUACACCUUUAGGAGCAAGUUUGCUCUCAAAGAGAAGUUUCACUAUGAAAGCCAAUGAAAAUGUUGAAGUUCAGAGCAACUCUUCACAAAGACAAAGUCUCAAAGGAUGGAUUGAAGUUCUCGACAAGACAAGAGGAAAAUUCUAUUAUUUUAAUCCUGCCACUGGUGAAACUUCUUGGAAACAUCCAACACACAACAAGAAGAAGGGAGUGACCAAAGAUGAAAGUGGGAAACUGACUGUCGUUGAUUCUCGUGACUCGGUGUGGAAUCGUGAUUCAACAGAUGAGGCUCACAUGGAUUCUGUGAAAUUAAUCAUGAACUGUUCUGGAAAAGUGGAGCAAGGCAAUUUACCUGAAAUUAUUGAUUUUUUGAAACAGAACAUUCUCUCAAGUCAUCUUGAAGCAGCAGAAAGGAUUUCAGAUAUACUUUCUGCACCACCUUUUUCAUGGACCAUUUCAGAACCUAAUCAUUCACAGAAUACCUUGACAAAGGAACAAUUAGAACUAUUUAACACUAAAUUACAAGUGUUAUCCAAAAAUUAUUUGUAA